UAUUUUGUGUGAAAAGCUUACAUAAUUGCAGUUUUUGCAAUUUUUAUUACUCCAAAGAGUUGUUGUGAAUUGUAUAAUGGAACUGUUAAGAUCACCGCCAGUAUAUCACACAAGCCCAGCUCAGAAAUCACGUUCAAAAAAAGCUGCCCAUCGAUUCAAAUAUGGUUCCCCAAAGCUAGUGGAUAUUAUGAGAGAGAAAUGUCGCCUGCGAAUUAAGGAAGCCCGUAAUGAACACUUGCUGAGAAAGCGCAAUAUCGUACAAGAAGAGAAGGCACUGUUGGAAUGGAUUGUGCGGGAGGAACUUUCCGAAAUCGAAAAAGAUAUAGAGCUGCAAGAAUUGAUCUACCAGGAGCUGAUAGCGGAGACGAACGAAUGGUUGCUGGAAGAGUAUGAACGUUCCGAGAGCUACCUGAUUGAUGAAUACGAUCAAGAAAUUGUGUUCUGUCCCGUUUGUCAGAAGAACCAACUUACCCAGAUUGAUGGACACAGAAUUCAGUGUUCCUGUGGUACGGUGAUAAAGUAUGAAAGCAGCUUGAGCAAUUUUUGCAGCUUACUCUGGAAUACGGUGAACGAACAUGGCAUGCGCUGUGAAGAAGUUCUUCAUUUCUUUAUUGAACCACAGACCGACUUCGGACAGCUGAAUGCUUUCUGUCCCGGCUGUGAUUUUUAUAAAAAUUUGACCCAGUGAUCAAUGCAUUCCGUUAUUUUAUUGUUUAGCAUUUCGUUUUAAGUUGAACU